AGCCGCACUCCAACAUCGAAUGGAAAGACUUCCAGAAGAGUUUGGCGCAAUGCAAAGAUACGCAAUGUUUAACGCAAUGCAAAGAUACCUGCUGUGUAAUAUACUGGAAGGCGUCUCAGAAGUCCUCACACCUCAUCUCCUUCGGCACGCUGGCGUUUCCCUGCUUCGAUGCCUCCUUUCUGCCCAAGCAAGAAAGCGAAUUUGUUCACAAAGUCCUUGAGGAGCUGGAUGCCUUCCAGGAAAAAGACGAUAAGAAAAGCGUCAUGCUCUUCCCACCCUUGCCGAGUCGACUGCGGUUUCUGAUCCACAAGACGACAGAGAAGUUCCCAGAGCUGAGCACUUUCUCUGUGGGUGAUGCGUGGUGCCGCAGAGUCGCCGUCUGCUUCUCAGAGCUCAGGUUGCCAGUGGUGGAGUGCAGCAGUGACACAGACGAGAAUAUGUAUGAGCAGCUGAGUGUGAGAAGCAGAACGACGGAGAGAAAAUCGGGUCUCAGCAGAGGACGCAGACGACCGGACAAAGCCAUUUACGUCCCUCGCGCUCUGAGGCAGUCUGAGAGCGAGCCGAGUCUCAGCUCCUCCAGCUGCUCUCUCAGCCUCAGCAUCUCUGAGGAGUCCAGCUCUGACAACACAGACCCUCCACCAGCCAGUCACGAGCCAGGAACCGACAGCGCAGAAGAAUCUGCGGGCGGUUAUGAGGCAGCAGCACACACUGCAGGGGCGGAGCCUGUGGACUGCGAUCAGACUCUGUCCUAUUUCAUGGCAAUGACGCUGGAGGACGACAGGAGCAGCGAUGAUACCUCACAAACACACACAGCCUGUCUGAACACAGAGGAGACGGUUGACUACCACCACGAGAUCACAGCCCAUUUGAAGGAGGAAGCAUCUGCGAUAGAAAACACUCAGGGUGAUUUCUCCGGCUUUGAGAACUCAUGGAUCGACCACAACGAGUUUGCCCACGUCAUCGAGAUCUACGACUUCCCAUCCAUAUUUAAAACCAAUGACCUGCUGGACGCUUUCUCUGAUUACAGUGAAGGAGGGAUGAAGAUUAAGUGGGUGGAUAACACUCAUGCUCUCGGCAUCUUUUCCAGCGCGUCUGCAGCGCUGCAGGCUCUGUCCAUCAGACACCCGCUUCUGAAGACGAGGACGCUGUCCAAGGCUAGUAAAAAAGCGAAAGGCAAAGCAGUAAGACGUGCAGAGUUCCUGCAGCCGGUGAAGGAGCGUCCACGCACCGAUACAGCUGUAGCACGAAGGAUGGUGACCAGAGCUCUGGGCCUGAGAGGUUUAUUGAGUUGGUGAUGACGAUGAUGAUGGUCUAGCGCUCUUGUUUAAACAUCUCAAGCACGGCACCACACGCGUUACACAUUGUAUGUGUUUAUUUUAUUCCUGUUAAUCCCCCCCAUACUGUCACAUCACUCACCAGGGAAACCUCAGUCAGUUGUGUAAACUGAAACAUCCCACUUCAUCAGAACAGCAUGAUAAUAUUUAAUCCCACUUCUGAGCAGAUAAAAUGAAUUGGUGCAGUUUAAAUCUAGUUUACUGCACAUUCUGUUUCUCUGUUUAUCAGCACACAGAGAAGGAAGUGAACUCCGUCUAGUUUGAGUGUGCAAAGAAAUUUUGGAGCGUUUAAGUAUGUCAAAGUACCUGUUAAUACCUUGUAUUAUUUAUGUAAUAAAAUAUUUCAAUUGUUUAAAAUGACAAA